AUGUGGAUUAACUUCAUGUACUUUCAGCUGAAAGAACUUGAUAUAUGGCCUUCUCGAGAAAUCAUUGAUAAACAUAUGCCAGAGGAUUUCUCGAAGAAGUUUCCCUCUACCAGGGUGAUUCUCGAUGCAACCGAGAUACCAUUUCAAAAGACGUCAGAUGUAAUUGCCCAGUCAGUGACAUGGUCUGGAUACAAGCAUCGCAAUACUUUAAAAACAAUGAUUGGUUGUACACCACGAGGUGCAGUUUCCUUUAUUAGUGAUGCUUUUGGGGGUUCUGCUUCCGACAGACAAAUCAUUGAGUGUUCUGAUAUAACAAAGCCAGAAUCAAACAGGUUUUUACCAAAAGAUAGUAUAAUGGCAGACAGAGGCAUUAUGGUGCAAGAUUUGUUUGCACCCAUGGAUGUGUUUGUUAAUACUCCUACAAUGCUUAAGGGAAAAUCUCAACUUGAACCAAAAGAUGUUGUAAAGGACAGGAGAAUUGCAUCCAAACGAAUACACGUAGAGAGAAUCAUUGGCCUUAGUAAGAGAUACAAAAUUCUAAGUUCUCCACUUCCAUCUAGCAAAUGUAUUCUUGCAUCUAGAAUAGUGUUUGUUUGCUUUUCUUUGUGA